UGGCCAUAAAGUCCAAGGAGGGAGUUGGCGUGGAGAGUAAAAACCUGGGCAGAGAUUGGUCGUCACAGCCAGGACUUGUGACGUGGUUUACGGCAUUUGGGGCUGGAAAAAAAGAGCAGGAAGGAGGAAGGCAUUUAAAAAGUACAGUGUUGGGUUCAUGUCUUUUGGACGACGCUUCUAUUUGGCUACUGUCCAGGAAGAUAAGUGUGAAUGUGUUCUUGUUUUGCUGCUUUUUAUGACUUAGACGGGAUUUAUUGUCCUCUGGAGCUCCAGUGGUGAUUGGACCUUCAAGCACUGAAUGAAUUGACACUUAGCAAGCACCCAGCAUACACUUGAAGGAAACUACUCAACUGUGGGGAUGGCACUUUGGCAAUAACUGUGACUUGUUACUCAGGAAUAUUACACUUUUAAUAUUUUUAACCUCUUCCUUCUGGUUGUUACCUGACUGCUUAAACAUGGCACUUUAUGUGGAAGGUCUGAGGAAAGGAGCGCUCAACGGAGGGAUGUCUCAGUUCCAGGAAAUGAUGCGGCAGCAGCUAGAGAGCUCCAUGCACGCUGAGAUGCAGAAACUGUUGGACACGGCCCCGGGCGCUGACAGAGAGGCGUGCAAGAAGGACUUUGAGGGCUUCAAGAGUCUUUUUCACAGAUUUCUGCAGGUGAAGGGGCCUUCAGUGGAGUGGAUCAAGAUACAACGGCCGCCCGAGGACUCUAUCCAACCCUAUGACAAGAUCGCGGCACGGGGCCUUCCAGAUGGCGUCGCUGACAGCCUGAACAAGCUAGUUGUGGUGAAGCUGAAUGGGGGUCUCGGUACCAGUAUGGGCUGUAAGGGUCCCAAGAGCCUGAUCAGUGUCCGCAACGAGAACACCUUCCUGGACCUGACGGUGCAGCAGAUAGAGCACCUGAACAAGAUGUACAACACGGACGUCCCUCUGGUCCUCAUGAACUCCUUCAACACGGACGAGGACACCAAGAAGAUCCUACAGAAGUACACACACCACCGUGUCAAAAUACACACCUUCAACCAGAGCAGGUAUCCUCGCAUCAACAAAGAGUCCCUCCUGCCCGUGUCCACCAGCCUGAGCAUGACGGGCCAGAACGCCGAGGGCUGGUACCCACCGGGCCACGGCGACAUUUAUGCCAGCUUUUACAACUCGGGCCUACUGGACCAGCUGAUCGCUCAGGGCAAGGAGUACAUCUUUGUGUCCAACAUCGACAACCUGGGCGCCACCGUUGACCUGCACAUCCUCAACCACCUGGUCGGGCAGCCCAAUGGCAAGCGCUGCGAGUUUGUCAUGGAGGUUACGGACAAGACACGUGCAGAUGUCAAGGGCGGGACACUGAUCCAGUACGAGGGCAAACUGCGCCUGUUGGAGAUCGCCCAGGUCCCCAAAGCGCACGUGGACGAGUUCAAGUCUGUGUCCAAGUUCAAGAUCUUCAACACCAACAACUUGUGGAUCUCGCUGGCUGCCAUCAAGAGGUUGCAGGAGCAGAAGGCCAUGGACAUGGAGAUCAUCGUCAACCCCAAGACGCUGGAUGGCGGGCAAAACGUCAUCCAGUUGGAGACGGCGGUGGGCGCCGCCAUCAAGUGCUUCGACAACGCCAUGGGCAUCAACGUGCCGCGGAGCCGCUUCCUCCCCGUUAAGACCACGUCGGACCUGCUGCUGGUCAUGUCCAACCUGUACAGCCUGGAGGCUGGCUCGCUCACCAUGAGCCCCAAGAGGGAGUUCCCCACCACGCCACAUGUCAAGCUGGGCAGCUCCUUCACCAAGGUCCAAGAGUACCUGACCCGCUUUGAGAGCAUCCCUGACAUGCUGGAGCUCGACCACCUGACCGUGUCUGGGGACGUCACUUUCGGGAAGAACGUUUCACUCAAGGGCACUGUCAUCAUCAUCGCCAACCACGGCGAUCGCAUUGAUAUCCCUGCCGGUUCCAUGCUGGAGAACAAGAUCGUGUCUGGCAACCUGCGCAUCCUCGACCACUGAGGCCUUUUAAAACCUGCCCACCCGCUUCAUCCCAAUCAUGUGACCUGUUUUUGUUUUUUUUGUUAGUUUCACGUUUACCAGUCAGAUGGUUGAAGAGGAGUGUGACUGUAUACGGAGCAGGGACACACUGCCCCCUGCAGGCCGCACACAACACUACUAAAAUCGAAUAAUUGAUUGGCUUGUCUUUGAAGGUCCUACCUUCUCACAUUCGGGUCAUUUAUUUCAUACAGAAACUUCAAUGGCUGAGUCCAACGUUUCCUGAACCUGAUUUGGUUAUCAUGCUAUUGUGUAAUGCCACAUUAUGUGCAUGAAUCGCCUUCCACACGUUAAUCAAUACUGAAAUCUACUGCUAUGAUGUAUCAUUGUAACGCCAACCUUGUGUAGUGAUGAAAUGUAAAAUGACCCAUAAAGGUUUGAAGAAAAAUAAUCAUAUUUUGAUUAUAUUCUUUUAAAAAACACAUAAUCACACACCUACUGAGAGUUGAAAUGCUUAAAUGUGAAGUUUGGAUGCAGAACUAAUCUAUAGCCUUCCACUGAAGUAACCUGGUUGAAACAAAACAAAAAAAAAACAAAGUUGAUGCCGUGAAGGUCUGCUACUUGUUGUCUUCAUAUCGUGAAUUGUGCAUUAUUAUAUUUUAUUUUAUUUUUUUGGUUGGUUUCUUUGCUCACUCAUAUUUUAUGAAACCAAGCGCCUCCUUUGUUGUUUCAUCAGGAAUGAAACACACACACACACACACACACAUUGAGGACACAUCUUUACACAAAGUUGAGCAUGUGAACGGCGAGACUGAAAUCAAUGUGUUGACGUUUGACUGUAAGGAGGUCUGAUUAAAGUGCAAUAUGAUACUCA